ACAAAUCGACUAUAACGAUCGCAUCACACAACAGAAUUCGGAACUAAUCGGCGGGUAAAAGAGCCGUCGAUUAGUACCUCCGGCCCCGAUCGACUGGCCGGUCCAAAUCGCCUAUGACACCGGCAUCUCUUUUGUGAAGCUAAACUAAUGUGCGUAAAGAAAUCCCGUUUGGUGCCACUGCUCCGUAUCUGGCGCAUGCGUAAUUCAAUAGUUUGGCGUUGCCAGUGAAAGAGGAAAGAUGGAGAACUACAAGCUCGAAAACCGCCUCGGAAAAGGAGCACAAGGACAAGUUUUCCUGGCAAUAGACAAGUCUGAUGACAAAAGAUAUGUGUUGAAAAAGGUUGAAUGUAAUGAUGAGACUGAAGCCACCAAAGCUUUCAAGGAGGCUAUGGCUCUUCAAGAGCUCAAGCAUGCAUACAUCUGUGGGUACAAGGAUUUCUUCGUCUCUUGGGACAAAGAGGAAGCUGCUAUCAUAGUUUGUAUAGUCAUGGAUUACUACAAGAUGGGUGAUCUGGACAGAUUAUUGAAGAAGAAACGUAAAAAGAAUGAAGCCAUCGAAGAACUGAUCCUGAAGAAAUGGUGUGGACAGAUGAUCGAAGCUCUUGAAUUCGUGCAUAAAAGAAAAGUCAUUCACAGAGAUUUGAAACCAAGUAACAUCUUCCUCACCGAUGACCUCACACUCUCACUUGGAGACUUUGGUGUAGCAACCAUCAUGGAUGACGCUAGAACCAAGGCUAGGACUACUGUGGGUUCAAUGAACUGGAUGGCACCUGAGGUUUUAGAGAAGCCAUACGAUGAGAGAAGCGAUGUCUGGUCUUUAGGCUGUAUUAUUCUUGAGAUGGCUACUUGUGGAUUCUUAGAUACGCAAUCAGUGGGUCAAGUUUUAAUGGACAUCAAGCAAGAUCCAGCUAGAUUAGAAGAGGUUCUAGAAACAGUGAGUAAGACUUACUCUGCAGAUCUUAGUCAAGUUAUUCGCACGAUGCUGAGGAGAAACUUUCAACAAAGGCCAUCAGCAUUAGAAUUGGUAGAGUUACCUUACAUCAAGGAAUGCCUAGCAUUGAGCAACUCAGCUCUGACCGGCAAAAAGAAGGAGAAACAGAAGGCAGCAAAGGAUUGUCCAACAGAUAAGGGUAUUCCUGGUGUCAUAGCUUUCAUUACAGAGAAUAAAGAUAAUGAGAUCUCCAUUACAAGAGCAUUCAAAUAUCUCAACACACUUCAAACUCCUCAGAUUGAUGAGGCGGGUAAGAAGCUGAUUAUCACCUGUAUGAAGAGUAAUGUAUCAGAAGUAGCUUUACAGAUAGAAGCCUGCCGACUCCUACUGACUCUCACAGCAGCUGCCGAUGCUGAAUCUGACGCUGAUGAUUAUCUGUUUUCUGAGGAAGUCAUCCGGGCUGUAACUCUACCAAUGAAGGCCCAUCCAUCGUCCAGAGAUUUCCAGAAUAUAGCUUGUUCUCUUCUGAAAACUAUAGCAUUAAGUGAGCAAGCGGCAGGGUCAAUAGGUAAGCUAGGAGGUAUCCAAGAUAUUCUAUCAGCUCUACGAACGCAUCCUGCUGAUGCCCAGGUCUGUGCCAACUGCUGCAGUGCCCUCUCCUAUCUCACAAUCAAUGAUAAGAAUCUCGACAUCAUGAGAGAGGAAAAAGGCGUAGUUGAUUUAAUGAAUGCCAUGGAAUCACAUGAUUCAGACUCCUCGGUCAUGGAUUUUACGUGCUCGGCUUUAUGGGGACUCUCCCUAGAAGAUGAGAAUGUAGAAAUGAUGGCAGCAAGAGGCCUGGCAAAAGUAUUACUCAAAGCAAUCACUGAUCAUAAACAGCAUGCUGACGUGGUGAAGAAUGCCUGCAUGGCGUUGUCCAGCCUGGUAGCGGAGUCCGAGGAGAGUGCGUACCUGGCCCACAAUUCUGAUGGUAUCGAGAUCGUAGCCGCUGCCUACCAAGUCCAUAAGGAGAACCCGGACGUGGUGGAAUAUGUUUGCUCUUUCUUCAUGGAUCUAGCUGAAACUGAUGAUAUUCUAGAGGAUAUGAAGAGCAUGUCAAAAGUCAAGGACAUCAUCAAAGAGGUCAAGGUCAAAUAUGCUUCAAAUGAGGAUAUCAUGGGGAAUGCAGAGACGGUAGAGUCAAUGAUAUCAGGUGGUAAACCGCCAACGAACAGACCUAGCUCAGCCAGACCUAAGGGCAAGUAGACCCUGACAUAUCGCCAACAGACAAGCCACAAGAAGCUGCCAUUUAAUGAUAUCUUCAUGCACAACAGAACAAACUUAAUUCUUUUUAUUAAUGAUUGUAAUACGAACACUCCCUUAUUCUGAGUCUUUCCAAUGAAAUUUCAAUUUCAGUGUUAUGCAAAAUAAAAUUAUCCGCCUUAUAUAAACAAGAUCAAAUUAUGAAUUAUUGAAAUUAUUUUACAGUACGUAACUGCAUUUGAAAUUAAUUGCUGCACGUAUCUUGUUUAUAUGAUCAAAGAGUUGCUCACACUGCUGCUUGCAUUGAAAACUCAUUUGUGCCUUCAAAUACAAAAUCAAAUCAAUUCAUCACAGUCACUUAUGAAACGUUAAUCACCACGGGGUGUUUCACAAAGAUCUAAGUAUGACUUAGAGUUGAACUUAAGUACCGAGUUGCGUACUGUAUGAAACGCUUGACCGCAUUGGUCGGAUCGUGUCAUGAGGACACUCACUACUGUGUAUCUAUCAAUAAGAUCAUGUACGCGUCAGUAUUUAAGUGUGAUUUAAGUCCUUAAGUCUUUGUUAAACACCCCCCAGGUUGAACAGAAGGAUACCGAGAUCCAAUUUAUUUCUUUCAAUUGUUUUAGUAUUGGGUUGCUGACCAAAAGAAUGAUAUCCAAAGCUAUUACAUGCUUUGGGAAUCUGAUAUCACUGCUUCUGUUCACAAUAUCCACACUUUGCCACUCUCGACCCAGAUGCUAAAUGGGUACCCGGUAGGAUGUGAAAGUCAUUGUAGCUUGUCCAG